UAGGUUUCAUCAAAGAAUUUAAACAAAAAUGGCUACUCGAUCAUGCUUAUGUAUUUUUACUCUCUUACUCGUUGCAUUUCAAUCCACCAUGAUGAACGCCAACACUGUUCUUCCUUCACCUCGCUGCAGCCCAGUAUUGGCUUCUACCAGAGAAAUGUUCCAAUACGCUUUGAACUUGCACAUUUAUAAAGCAGUACUUUUUCUGGGUUCUUCAGUUGGUCGUAAAAUCAACGAUAUAUCACCAGAUCUGGUCGAAGGUCCCGCUCCCAUUGGAGUUACCCUUGCCAAUCUCGGUAACCUCCCCAGAAGGUUUAUAGAGGAGUCUGGUUUAGCUAGCGUCGGACAUAUAAGGGCUAUCGCAGACAUUGAAUCACUGAGGACUCCACUUCCAAUGCCACAGUUGGAUAUAAGACCACAAGUUUUUGCCAAAUUUUUCGACGUUAUAAAUGUAACUCAGAAUCCUCCAUUCAAUACUUACGCCAACACAAACAGCUUUCUGUUUGCAGCUGCUUAUGCUUCUUAUUUUUUAAAACAAUAUUACGCUGGAAUUAUACCUUCGAUUGUCGGCAACCCUGAACAAGAGUUGGCGACUGAAAUCGCGCUCUACGAGGCUGCGUCAUAUGGUGUUAUCCGAUCACUACUCAACGACAGGGAAAAUUUAGCAGUGCCGCUUUAUACAUUCACAGUGGGGAAUGUUACCAACCUUACUGCACAAAUUGGUAACCAACUAGGGGGCUGCGGCGUGAAAGAUGAAGGUUUGACUGUGCCACUUGCACUCGGAGCUGAGAAUCGAACUACCAAUAACGUCAUACCGGCGGAUGUCAACUCACUUUCAUAUAAACAGACUGCACUGGAGAUCUUGAGGAUCGUGUUUAUAACUGGCAACGCCACAAAAGCCGGUGGAAUUUUUCCGAAUGGUUUCGUGGGGACGCUUUAUAAACGGAUUGUUGCCCUAAAACAAAGCUAA